AUAGUGCUUUGUAUUAACAUGUAUAUGUAGUUCUGUUCAUAUAGGAACCAUCACAUAGGUUAAAAGUAACAGGUUACGUCCAGAAUUUACUGUUGAUUGAAAUGGCAUCAGCUUAUCGAGAAGGAGCAAACUGCAGCGAGGAAGGUUUUCAACGUUUCUUGGACAGUAUUCAAGCAAGAGGAGUAAUGUAUGGGAGCAAAGAGCAUUCAAGGGACCGCUUGCACGAUCAAGUCAUCAGCAGGGCGCUGAAUGAAUUCGAAAGAUACUGGAAAUACAUUCCUGGUGGUUAUGAUAGGUUGUCUUGGACAAUGAAAAUACAAAUCAACCCAUUCUGGGAAUCGGACUAUUACGAUAGGAUGGAUUACAUGCUGCUGAACGCCCCCAAACUUUACCAGCCAUAUUAAACUAAAGCUGUGUGAUCAACUAUAGCGCAUUAACCAUUUCCGUAUGCUGAUUUUGUACGGUAUUACUUCGCACACGAUACCGUUUUUGCGCAUUCACUAUACACAUGUGUAAACGCUAUAACUCUCGUUUCUGUAAGUUUUAAUUGUUGUGGUAAUUGUAGUAAUCUGGUAAUAGUAUUCUCCUCGCGAAAACUCCUUAUAUUUAUUUUUGGGUGUAGCUUUGACGAAAUAUGUCUAGACAACUAAUAUUUAAGAAAGAAUGAUAACAAUACACGUGCUAUGAGACAACUAGGAGUAGACAAAGUAAAAGUAGUUGCUAACUUUUGAUGUCAUAGCUAAACAAAACGAGAGUUCCCAUGGUUAUAUUUAGCCACCAGUCCCAAAAACUUGUUUAUUAUUGAUUUAAUGAUGAUGUCCGUACACUGUCUCAGUGUAGUUAGACGUUCAUGCACUUUAUGUAAUUUCAUGCACCAGAUAAUAUGUACUGUUCCAACGCUUUUUUAUACCAUUUUAUGUACUCAGACAUUCCGAACGUAAUACAACUCCAUAGUUUGAAACAA